ACAAGACCCAACAGCUGUUCUGUCCAGUCCAGUCCAGUCCGCCUCAGGUAAACCUGGACCGCAGUGAUGAAGAGGAGGGUUCCCCAGGGCUCCAGAUGGGCCGAGAGGAGGUCCACCGUGGUCUACGCCAUGCGAGCCGCCACCUUCGGCUCCUGGCGGAUGCUGACGCUGGGCGCAGAGUACGAGGACACCUGGGCGCCACCACCUAACAGGAAGCUCCAUCACAGGAAGCAGGCCAUCAUCGAGGAGGAGGAAGAGGAGGAGGAGGAGCCGGGUUCAGCGGAGGGGAGAGACCAGGGGGAGUCUCCGUGGAGACCUGUCAGGGACCCGGACGGGUACGAUACGGUUCUACGCCUGGACGGACUGAGCAGACGGCGGAGAGAUGGCGUAUGUCAAAUCGUGAGGAAGCACGAACACCUGAACGAGACGCCAUGGCAACACAGAAUGGCUCGCUUCGCAGAUGAUCUACCCACCCGUUAUGGAGGAGGCGGCGGCGGAGGAGGAGGAGGGAGAGGAGGACCGGGCGCGGGCAGAGGGGGAGCCCGGGGUGGCGGCGGCGGAGGCGCUCCGGGCGGCCAGAGGAUGUACAAGCAGUCGAUGGCCCAGAGAGCCCGGACUAUGGCCAUUUACAACCCCAACCCCGUCAAACAGAACUGCUUCACCGUCAACCGCUCCCUCUUCAUCUUCCGUGAGGACAAUCUCAUCAGGAAGUACGCCAAGCGGAUCACGGAGUGGCCUCCAUUCGAGUACAUGAUCCUGGCUACGAUCAUCGCCAACUGCAUCGUCCUCGCUCUGGAACAGCAUCUGCCCGCCAGCGACAAGACGCCCAUGUCCGAGCGCCUGGACGACACAGAGCCCUACUUUAUUGGAAUAUUCUGUUUCGAGGCUGCCAUUAAAAUCAUCGCCCUGGGCUUCGCAUUUCACAAAGGCUCCUACCUCCGCAACGGCUGGAAUGUAAUGGACUUCGUGGUCGUCCUCACAGGGAUCUUGGCCACCGUGGGCUCGGACUUUGACCUGCGAACGCUACGAGCAGUGAGAGUGCUGAGACCCCUGAAACUGGUGUCAGGAAUCCCCAGCCUCCAGGUGGUGUUGAAGUCCAUCAUGAAAGCCAUGGUCCCCCUGCUUCAGAUCGGCCUGCUGCUCUUCUUCGCCAUCGUCAUGUUUGCCAUCAUCGGGGUGGAGUUCUACAUGGGAAAAUUCCACACCACCUGCUUCAGGAUCGACACUGGUGAGCGGGCUGCAGACUGGCCCUGUGGUCUGGAGCCCCCGGCCCGGACCUGCCCCAACGGAACCCACUGCAGAGAGUACUGGACCGGACCCAACUUUGGCAUCACCAACUUUGACAACAUCCUGUUUGCAGUUCUGACGGUGUUCCAGUGCAUCACCAUGGAGGGCUGGGUGGACAUCCUGUACAGCACCAACGACGUGGCGGGAAACACCUGGAACUGGCUCUACUUCAUCCCCCUCAUCAUCAUCGGCUCCUUCUUCAUGCUCAACCUGGUGCUCGGUGUCCUGUCGGGAGAAUUUGCCAAAGAGAGGGAACGUGUGGAGAAGAGGCAGGAGUUCCUGAAGCUGCGGCGGCAGCAGCAGAUCGAGCGGGAGCUGACCGGGUACUUGGAGUGGAUCUGUAAAGCAGAGGAGGUGUUACUGGAGGAGGAGGAUGAGAUUGCAGAGGAGAAGUCCCCGCUGGACGGAGCGUGGUACAAGAGGAAACAGAACCUUCCAGUUCUGAAACGAGGCAAAGCUAAAAAGGGUAAAAACGACCUGAUCGGCGCCGAGGAGGGCGAGGAUCCCUUCACAGACAUCUCCUCUGUGGCUCCGCCCGGUUCUCCGUUCGGCCGUGCCUCAGUUAAAAGCAGUGGGAAGAUGGACAGCUCGUCCUACUUCAGACGGAAAGAGAAGAGGAUCCGCUUCUUCAUCCGCCGUAUGGUGAAGGCUCAGAGCUUCUACUGGAUCGUCCUGUGUCUGGUGGGACUGAACACCAUGUGUGUGGCCAUCGUCCACUACGACCAGCCGGAGUGGCUGACCAGAGCCCUGUACACUGCCGAGUUCGUGUUCCUGGGUUUGUUCUUGACUGAAAUGACGCUGAAGAUGUACGGCCUCGGAGCCAGGAACUACUUCCACUCCUCCUUCAACUGCUUUGAUUUCGGGGUGAUCGUGGGGAGUAUUUUUGAAGUGAUCUGGGACAUGAUCAAACCAGGAGCGUCCUUUGGUAUCAGCGUGUUGAGAGCUCUGCGACUGCUCCGGAUUUUCAAAGUCACCAAAUACUGGAACUCUCUGCGGAACCUGGUGGUUUCCCUGCUGAACUCCAUGAAGUCCAUCAUCAGCCUUCUGUUUCUGCUCUUCCUCUUCAUCGUGGUCUUCGCUCUGCUGGGCAUGCAGCUCUUCGGAGGACAGUUUAACUUUGAAGAUGAAACACCGACCACCAACUUUGAUACCUUCCCUGCAGCCAUCCUCACUGUUUUCCAGAUUCUGACCGGUGAGGACUGGAACGCCGUCAUGUACCACGGGAUCGAGUCUCAAGGAGGUGUUCGCCGCGGCAUGUUCUCCUCUGUCUACUUCAUUGUCCUCACGCUGUUUGGAAACUACACCCUCCUGAACGUCUUCUUGGCCAUCGCUGUGGAUAACCUCGCCAACGCACAGGAGCUGACGAAGGAUGAAGAGGAGCAGGAGGAGGCGGCCAAUAAGAAGCUGGCUCUGCAGAAGGCCAUGGAGGUGAAGGAAGUCAGCCCCAUGUCGGCCGCCAACAUAUCCAUCGCAGCUUUUGUAAAGCAAAAUCGAGAGGCACUCUCUCGCAGGUCGUCCAUCAGCAGCAUUCAGUCACCUAAGGAGCAGCAGAGAUCCGCUAAGACCAUGUCGGUGUGGGAGCACAGGACCAAUCAGCUUCGGAGACACAACAUGAGGGCGAGCAGCGAGGCCCUGUUCAACGAGCUGGACCCUGAGGAACGCCUCCGCAUGACCUCCGCCCUCCACCUGCACCCCGACAUGAAGACCCACAUGGACCGGCCUCUGGUGGUGGAAUCCAGGAACGGAGACAACACCUGCCACUCUUCAGAGGAGGCGGGGGACCCUCAGCAAGAUGGGGUGGGGGUGGGGGACAACUUCCACACGCACUCCAGGAAGCAUCACCGCCACCGCAACGGGGACGGCAGGGAGGGCGGGGACGGCCGAGGAGGAGGAGGAGGGAGGCAUCACACCCACCACAGCCGGAGCAGAGACCAGGAGACCAAAGAGAGGAGGGGGGGGGACAGAAGCCACAGCCGGGACGCAGGGGGGGGACAGGGACACAGGCAUCACCACCAGGCCGGGUCCCCCGAAGAACGAGGCGACGAGCCCACGCAUCGCCAUCACCACUCCCAUCGCACGUCCAAGGAGGGGAACGGGGUACUGGCAAACGGGUCACGGGGAGACCACAGAGGGAGGGGGGGUGGAGGAGGAGGAGGGGGAGGGGCAGGAGGGGGAGUGGACAGUAACGGAGAGAGGAAGGCACGAUGCUCUCGGAUGUUGAGGGCUCAGUCUACGCUGGACGGAGACGACUGUAAAAAGAACAAAAAUGGAACCAAAGCUCUGAGGGAGAGGCAUCCAGACGCCGAGGACGACGGCCUGGCCUCCAGCCCCGUGCAGCCUUUAAGGACCAGCCUGAGUGUGGGAGAAAAGCAAGAGGACGCCGACAACCAGAAGAACUCCACCAGAGCCAGCCAGGCCGGACUCAACAGCAACGCCAUCCACAUCCCUGUCACCAUCACCGCCCCGCCGGGAGAAACCACCAUCAUACCCAUGAACAACAUCGACUGUGACAACUUCCAGCUCAGCGAGGAGAAGAAAGAUCUGGAGGACGAGGAGGCGGCUAAUGGGCCCCGGCAGAUCCUCCCCUACAGCUCCAUGUUCGUCUUCGGCCAAACUAACCCGGUACGUCGGCUGUGUCACUACGUGGUCAAUCUGCGCUACUUUGAAAUGUGCAUCCUGAUGGUCAUUACCAUGAGCAGCAUCGCCCUGGCAGCCGAGGACCCCGUGCAAGCGAACGCACCGCGCAAUAACGUUCUCAAGUAUCUGGAUUAUGUUUUCACCGGAGUUUUCACCUUUGAGAUGGUGAUUAAGAUGAUCGACCUGGGACUGCUCCUCCACCCUGGGUCGUAUUUCCGGGACCUGUGGAACAUCCUGGACUUCAUUGUGGUCAGUGGAGCUCUGGUGGCCUUCGCCUGCUCGAGCCUUAUGGGAUCGCAACAAAGCGUGGCCAGAGGAACCAAAGGAAAGGACAUCAACACCAUCAAGUCCCUGAGGGUCCUACGAGUCCUGAGGCCCCUGAAGACCAUUAAACGACUGCCCAAACUGAAGGCUGUGUUUGACUGCGUGGUGAACUCUCUGAAGAACGUCCUCAACAUCCUCAUCGUCUACAUCCUCUUCAUGUUCAUCUUCGCCGUCAUCGCCGUUCAGCUCUUUAAGGGCAAGUUCUUCUACUGCACAGACGAGUCCAAAGGUCUGGAGAAGGACUGCAGGGGUCAGUUUCUGGACUACGACAGGGACGACGUCGCAGCUCAACCCAGAGAGUGGAAGAAGUACGAGUUUCACUAUGACAACGUCCUGUGGGCCUUCCUCACACUGUUCACCGUCUCCACCGGGGAGGGAUGGCCGGUGGUCCUGAAACACUCGGUGGACGCCACCUACGAGGACCAGGGUCCCAGUCCGGGGUUCCGCAUGGAGACCUCCAUCUUCUACGUGGUCUAUUUUGUCGUGUUUCCGUUCUUCUUCGUCAACAUCUUCGUGGCUUUGAUCAUCAUCACAUUCCAGGAGCAGGGAGACAAGGCCAUGUCCGAGUGUAGUCUGGAGAAGAACGAGAGGGCUUGUAUCGACUUCGCCAUCAACGCCAAACCUCUGACCAGAUACAUGCCGGAGAACAAGCAGUCCUACCAGUACAAGAUGUGGAAGUUUGUGGUGUCGCCUCCGUUCGAGUACGCCAUCAUGACUCUCAUCGCCCUCAACACGGUGGUGCUGAUGAUGAAGUUCUACGGAGCUCCAGAUUUGUACGAGUCCAUGCUGAAAUACUUAAACAUCGUCUUCACGGCGCUCUUCACACUGGAGUGCAUCCUCAAGAUUAUCGCCUUUGGGCCGCUGAACUACCUGAAAGCCGCCUGGAAUGUGUUUGACUUUGUGACCGUCCUGGGGAGCAUCACCGACAUCUUAGUCACGGAGAUAAAGACGGAUAAAAUGAUCAACCUGAGUUUCCUGAGGCUGUUCAGAGCGGCUCGACUCAUUAAGCUGCUGCGUCAGGGCUACACCAUCCGAAUCCUCCUGUGGACCUUCGUCCAGUCCUUCAAGGCUCUGCCCUACGUCUGUCUGCUGAUUGCCAUGCUGUUCUUCAUCUACGCCAUCAUUGGGAUGCAGGUGUUCGGUAACAUCGAACUGAAUGAAGAAACCGCCAUAAAUCAUCACAACAACUUCCAGACGUUCUUCCAGGCUUUAACCCUCCUCUUCAGGAGUGCGACAGGCGAGGCGUGGCAUGAGAUCAUGUUGGCGUGUCUCAGUAACCGACCGUGUGAUAAACUGUCCGGAACUGCAGGGAAAGAGUGUGGAAGUGACUUUGCCUACUUUUACUUUGUCUCCUUCAUCUUCCUCUGCUCCUUUCUGAUGCUGAACCUGUUCGUCGCUGUCAUCAUGGACAACUUCGAGUACCUGACCAGAGACGCCUCCAUCCUGGGGCCUCAUCACCUGGACGAAUUCAUCCGAGUGUGGGCGGAGUACGACCCCGCAGCCUGCGGGAGGAUUUGCUAUCAGGAUAUGUACAAAUUGUUGCGUUUUAUCUCCCCUCCCCUGGGCCUGGGGAAGAAGUGCCCUAACAGGGUGGCUUAUAAGCGGUUGGUGAAGAUGAACAUGCCCAUCGCCGACGACAACACGGUGCACUUCACCUCCACGCUCAUGGCCCUGAUCCGCACGGCCCUGGAGAUCAAACUGGCAUCUGGGGUCCUGGCCCAGAGACUGUGCGACAUCGACCUGAAGAGGGAGAUCAACCGAGUGUGGCCCAACCUGUCGCAGAAGACCGUGGACCUGCUGGUGACGCCGCACAAAUACAACGAGCUGACGGUGGGGAAAGUCUACGCCGCUCUGAUGAUCUUCGACUACUACAAACAGAACCGGGCCAAGAGACUGGAGCAGCAGCAUCCGUCAGGACCACCGAAUAAACUGGGGGCGCUGUUCCGUCCUGUGCUGCCUCUUACUCACAUACAGGAAGUAGAACCACUGACCCCCAGCCCCAAACAGCCCCUCCCAUCCAAACCUGAACCAGACGCUAAAGUAGAGGCCCCGCCCUCCACUGCGAAAAAACAACUGAGCGUCAUCAAACAUUCUCAGUCUGGAGAUGUUUCUCAGGCAGCUCAGAGACCAAAAGGCCGGAGGAAACUCCAGAGAGGCCAGUCUGAAGAUGUGCCGUACUCCAGUAGACCUCAGGAACUGGUUGAGCUGAAGCAGGUGGAGAACAUCUCCGACUCAGAGGGCUACCCCCCCCUGGAGGGCCACUGCAGAGCUGCUUCUCUGCCUCGACUCAACGCUGAGUACUACCGGAGCCACCCUCGCCACGUCCCUGGGACCCACCUGGCACCCAUCGUGGACCUCAGCCCCAUCAGGCGCUCGGCGUCGUCCCUGACGCCUCAGCGCUACCACGAGAUCUCGCUGAGGGAGUACGACCUGGAGCGGCCCGGCUUGGCCCAGUCCUCCGCCCCCGGGCCGGGUCAGAUCCACAACCAGGACCGAGCCCACCACCAUCACCACCACCACCGCUGCCACCGCCGCCGCGACAAAGACAAGGACAAGAAGCAGAAGUCGUUGGACAGGGCGGCGUCGGUGCAGCCGUCCAGCACCGUGGGUUCGUUCACCGACCCGUCGUCUGAAGGUUUGUCCAGAGAGCGACCCAGGGAACGGGAUCGAAGCCGCCCGUUGGAGAGGAGGCACCACUCGUCGGCCGGAGAGAAGCAGCGCUACUACUCCUGCGAACGCUACGGCAGCCGGGAGCAGGGCCACGCCAGGUCGGCCGGGCCCAGUCGAUCCACGUCCCCCGGAGAGGGACAGGACGCCGCCUACCUCAAACAGCUUGGUAGCAGUGCCGUUAAAGCCGGGCCGGCGGGGCUCCCUCCUGGUUCAGGCACCCCGGGGCGUGGUCGCCGGCAGCUCCCCCAGACGCCCCUCACCCCCCGCCCCGCCGUGGCCUAUAAGACUGCCAACCCCCCGCCUCAUCCGUCCUCCACCGCCGCCACCGUAACAACCACAGGGCACCAGACUCGCUUCAGCCGUGGCCUUUCAGAGCACGAGCGCUUACUGGAGGGGUCCCCGAUCCCGGUGACCCGCAUCGGCUCGGACCCUAAUCUGACCCGGCAGGACGCGCCUCAUCUGGAGGACGCCGAGGACUUCCAGGACGCUAUGAGCAGCCACGGAGGAGGACGAUUGGCGAGGACGGCUGCCGGCGCCCCCACCACGACCUCGGUGCCGCACGGGACCGCCGCCGCGACCGCCGUCACAGCACCCGCCGCCGCCGUGCAGGGCCGGGCGGGGGGAGGCGUGGUGGUCCCUAACGGAUACCACUUCACCCUCGGGGUCAACUCUGGGUCUGGACCCGGAGGCAGAGGGACAGGAAGUCUCAGGGAGCGGGAGGAGGACGACUGGUGCUAACACGGCAGAGCAUUUUCGGGUCGUUUAGCUGUGGACGCCGCUGCUGCCAAUGGGCGGCGGGCGGCGCUCGGUCCGGGCCUUCGAGCCCGAGAAGAGACCGGGGGAAAAAAAGCCAAGUGAGAAAAAAAAGCCAGUGAAAGGGGAAAAGAAAUCAUUCCAGCUUUGUAGUGUUACUCUCCUUUUUAUACAACGAACUCUUCGAGGAUAAAAGACACUGCGGCCGUUUUCUAACCCCUUUACUUGCACUGAAGUCAUAGCACACGUGAAGACCCUGAAGUAUUUUUGCCUUGGCCAGUAAAGUCAGUGUUUGAGCAGACGACAAAAGCCAAAACCUACAUCGAGACCCCUCUGAAUGCCUCAUCGCUGGUG